UUGGAGAGCCCGGCUCCUGCGAGCGGCGAGGAGUUUUUAUUUUAUGCAAGGAAAAGCACCGACUCGUGAAUGCUCAAAUUGGCAGAUAUAUUUAAUGCUCCAAGUGAUGAUGAAGACUUUCUUGGUUUUGGAGCUGAUGUUCCCAUGGAAACACUGUCACUGGAAGACAGCUAUGAGAGUUUUGAUUCGCUAGACUCAAGAAAAAUGGACUUCCAUUUUCAGCCCAAUUCCCUAACAGAGAAACUGAGGAAGAUUUUCACUGAAGACACAGAUUCAGAAAAUGAAGCAUUUGAAGGCUUUUCUUCAAAUGAGCGUGAAGUAAACAGUGAGGAAGAUGUGGAGGCAGUGGAAUUGGAUCUGGAGAGUGACCCUUUAUCCUUAAUGGUGGCAGAAGAAGAUGAUAGGGGGAAAGAGUCCCCCAAGAGAAGGAACCUUGGUUUUCGUGUAGCAUUGCAGUUUCCCACCAAGAAAUCUGAGAAGACUUCCAAGUUCUGCUUAACAGGCAGUAAACACCCUCACUCUCUUACACAAACAAAAACUAAUCAAACCUGGGGCAAAAAAGAUCCAGAAACCUCUUCAAAGUCUGGGGAAGAAGCUAAAGAAGUACCAGAUGAAAGUUCUAGUGCACUGCUUAAAAGAGCCAUGAAUAUUAAAGAAAAUAAAGCCAUGCUUGCCCAGUUAUUAGCAGAACUAAAUUCUAUACCUGACCUAUUUCCUGUGAAAACUACCUCAACUCCUAAGCAGAAGAAAACACCAAGGAAAACAUUUUCAGAAGGGCAGAUAGAGCGUCGUACGAACCCUACCAGGAAUGCUCGUCCGCCAGAGAAAUUUGCCUUGGAAAACUUCACUGCAUCUGCUGUCAGAUUUGCAGAACAACUUAACAGUUACAGACGACAGAACCUUUUAAAGAAAAGACUAAAAGGGGGCAAUGUGGAGGUCCGUAAAAGACGAAGGUCAUCAAAAUACUGUUCAUUCCGAUCGGUUGAAGAUAUAACUGAUGAAGAUUUAGAAAAUGUUGCAAUAACGGUUAAAGAUAAAAUCUAUGAUAAGGUUCUGGGAAGCACAUGCCAUCAGUGUCGACAAAAGACAAUUGACACAAAGACAGUGUGUCGUAAUGAAGGCUGUGGGGGCAUGAGGGGUCAGUUCUGUGGGCCAUGCCUGCGUAAUCGAUAUGGAGAAGAUGUGAAGUCAGCACUUCUAGACCCAGACUGGUUCUGUCCUCCUUGCCGUGGGAUCUGUAAUUGCAGCUACUGUCGCAAACGUGAUGGUCGUUGUGCUACAGGAAUGCUCAUCCACCUGGCCAAGUUUUAUGGCUAUGACAACGUAAAAGAAUAUCUUGAAAGCUUACAAAAGCAACUUGCUGAGGAUGACUGAAAAUACCUGACAUAGCUGUGCAAAUUAUUUCUUUGUUUUACUUAAAUCAGAGUCGACAAUUUUAUCACAAUGAUGUCUAUAUGUCUAGAAAUUUAGGUCACAAUUGCUUACUUUUAAAUUGGUGUUGUAUGUAUUAUAAGGAUUUCUCAGGUAAACAACUGUUAAAGGAAUCUGUAUAUGUUCUUUGCCCCAACACUCUGUGAUUUUUCUUCUGAGAAAUCCUUGCUGAAAUAAAUGUCAGCUAAAGCAGGCAGCGUUCAUUUCCAUGGGGCUACUGCAGGGGAAAUGUAUGUGGACUGUGCUGCUUAGGAUAAGAUUCCAGCAGUCAAUGCUCAAGAGAUACAAAUCUUUCAAUUAUAUUUGAUUCCAUUAGUACUAUUUUCAGUUCAUCUCUUAGAUUUUAGAAACUUAAUGUUGGAGCAGUAUUUUAUUCCAUGGGAAGAAUGUUAAUCCUCUCAAUAUUUGUUUUUAAUCCCCCUAAAAUCUGUUGUUGGCAACUUAUUUCAAACAAACCCACUCUGACAUGUUUGCCAUGUCAUUAAUAUUUUGACAUUUAAGUUUAUGUCUGUGUUUCUUAAACCUUUUGAAUUGCAAUGGACAGGGGAUGCAGAUGUAUUCUAGCCUUCUGUAAGAUUAGUUAUCUAUGCUACUGUGGAUCAUGCAGAACUGUCCAAGCACUCAUGAGAAUAUUGUAAUAAAAUCCUGCUAUCGAAAA